AUGUGUGACCCUCGCCUCCCACUAGGUGAUGUCCUUAUCGCGGCGGAUCGUCUCGCUGUUGGCUUUACGACUAUGCCAGCGUUUAUUUUGUACCUUUCGUUUGAUCCAACUUCUAAUGCUUUGGUCGCCGACCCACCUAAGUACGAAACUAACAUUUGUGCACCGUUUAAGGGAGUUCACUGCGGGCAUGAGCAACACCUUAUCAUUCCAUUUAACGGAAUAUAUUGUAUUUCUUUGGUACAGACCCUUAACAAGACGGCUUCCCUCAUCUAUUCCGACAUGGCUGCACACAUCAAGUGUGAGGUCGGGCCAGAACAAGCUAAGUUCCUGGCUACUCGUCCUCCCUCCAUCUACCAUUACAACAGAACUCACUACCCUGGCACAGUUGUCCAUGGGCAAACUCGCCUCAAAAAUCGUUACUAUGAAUGGCGAAACCUUCACCAUCUCCAUCUUGACCUCCUUUCGGCGGUCCAUGCUACACUAACCCCAGAACAGUCCAGGGACUGUAAUGAAGCUGACCUUUGCUUCAUCCUCAUCGAAAACGACAAGGCACUCCCUGCCUGGGUUAAUCGUUCCGCCUUCUUCCUACAGAUGGCACCCUUUUGUAAUCCAUUUUUGACUCAACACGAGUCUACCUACCUUCGCUCGGCUGCAAGCUAUUUUUGUUUCUACGGUUACGAACAUACGACUAACAUUAUUGAUCAUGUUUUACAGCUGACAGUACCAGACGAGGACGUCAUAUACAUACUUCUUCAAGACCUUCUACUCAACGACCUUUCAUGCACUGGCGUGAAGCCUCUUGCCAGCCUUGGGGACAUCCUCGCACUACACGAAUGUAAGCAUCAUGAGGAGUUUGUUAUAUUUCGACCUGGCCUCGCAAAUACGUUCGAGGACGUGCAUCACUAUGUUAACAGUGCUUAG